AAAGGCCAGCCCAAACAUCAGCACAGGAGACGCUGGCACUUCCUUACCAAUCAGGAAAGAUCUCUUUUUAUCCUCUCUGUCAAGGGUUCACAUCAUCAAGACUGUCACCUCAGCUGGUCUCCUGACGAGCUCCUCCUUCCCUUUCCCCUUCUACUCCUCCGCUUCCUAGACAGCAGUCAUGAACUGGGGUGCUCUGCAGGUGCUCCUCAGUGGAGUCAACAAGUACUCCACCGCGUUUGGACGAGUCUGGCUCUCCGUGGUUUUUAUCUUCCGGGUGAUGGUGUUCUUGGUGGCGGCUCAGCGCGUGUGGGGUGAAGACACCAAAGACUUUGUCUGCAACACCAUCCAGCCGGGCUGCAACAACGUGUGCUUCAACCACAUCUUCCCCAUCUCCCACGUCCGUCUGUGGGCCCUGCAGCUCAUCUUCGUCACGUGCCCGUCGCUCAUGGUCGUGGGCCACGUCAAGUACCGGGAGAAAAAGGACUUGGAGUACACCACCUCCCAUGAAGGGAAACAUCUGUACUUACACCCUGGGAGGAAACGUGGAGGACUGUGGUGGACGUACUUGGCAAGCCUGGUUUUCAAGGCAGGCUUUGAUGCCGGCUUCCUCUACAUCUUGCACCAUAUCUACGAGGGCUACGACAUGCCCCGCCUGACCAAGUGCUCCCUGCCCCCCUGCCCGAACACGGUGGACUGCUACAUAGCCCGUCCAACAGAGAAAAAGGUCUUCACGCUGUUCAUGGUGGUCUCCUCUGCAUUCUGCAUCCUAAUGUGUAUCUGCGAGAUGCUUUACCUCAUCUUCAAACGCAUCCAGAAGCUCAUUAGGAGGAGAAAUGAGCAAAGCAGGAAGCUGUUCGCCGAGACUCAUGAAAUGGUGCCGCUGUCACAUCCGAGGUCAUUGUUCAGGCCCAAAACCUCAGUCAGAGUGGACCCCACAGCGUCAGUUCAGAACCUUAAUAACCUCAGAGCUGAAGAGAUGCCUAUUAAAAAUAUAUCAUAAUGGUGCAGUGGUUGGAGCUGUUGACUAUCAGCAAGAAGAUCACAGGAUGGUCCCCCCAGCUCUGGGAAUUUGUAAAUAUUCUUCUGUUUCAGAGGGAGCUCACAACUUUCAGUCAAAUCUCUUGCACUCAAAUGCUCUUCUAAAACUGGAGAGUUACCGUGGGAUUUACAAGCUUCGGAUUUUUUGUGUGAGUGUGAAUGAAGUGUUUUGCAAGCAUGCAUGUUGACACUAUUAUGUGUUACUGACUAUUGCAAAGUUUCAUAUUUAGUUGAUCAAAUAUAAAAGUGAGUGGCUGAAAGAUGUGACGUAAAAGUGUUGAAAAAAUAAAAAUAAAUCAUCUUACAAAACAUUAGCAUUGACCACUAAUAAAAGAAAAUCAUAAAGCAGAGCAUUUAGUUACUUAUAAAUUAAGCAGUAAGGUCUUUGUUGUUACAUAAAUGGUUCUCUUACAUUAGUUGAUUACUGAACAUGAUAAAGUGCAAAUUCCAUGUAAAAUUGUAGCUAAAAAGUUGCUUUUAUAAACUUUCAGUACAUAUGGGUUGUUUAAGGGGAUGAAGAAGCAUUGUAGAUAAUCUAUUUUUUUACAAGUUUUUUAUUUAUUGUAAUAACCAAUAAAACAAAUUUUACAACAAUAA